AUACCAACUCGAGCUGCCCCCUCUUGGCAUUGAUGACCCUCUAAGACUGAAAUCGUGAAGAGAACUCUGGCGUAGGAAUUCAAUUCCUUACUGCCAAUAUGGAGGCUUCAGAAAUUACUACCGAUGUAGUGCAUCCCGAAGUUCGGGCGCAUAUCAACAGUCUUGUCUCAGCUCUUGGUGGUUUUAGUGCCGACGAUGAUGGACGAUACGUGCUCGGUGAUUCCGCAUUGGAAGUCCUUAGAGAUAUUAAAAAAUGGAUUCGAUUUUACGACGAGAAAACGAACCGAAUGGACGUCGCGCGAUGUCUUGCCGAAGCGAACGUAGUCGACGGCGAUUUACUACACAUCCUCGCCACAUGGCCCGAAAAUGCGACCGAUAAUAAAUUUAGAGCGAGAGCUGCUUUGGCAUGCUUCGAGAUCAUGGUACCAUUGACUUGGCCGUUGGAACGAGAUCUCGAACAGAUGACCGUAAACCACCACCGACAUCUCCCAGUGCUACAGCUUGCCCAAAUUGGCUAUAAACGUGCUAUUAUCAACUUCGAUGCCGCCCAGAUCCUCCAUACCGCCGUACGAGUCGCAUUGCCUUCGAUGGCCCUCUCCCGAAGCGAUCGAUCUACACGCGACGAGGGUAUCAUCAAACUAGUCCUACUGUUUCUACGAAAUGUGGCUAUGAUCUCUCCGCCCCCGGGUGUUAAGUACGAUGGCGACGAAUCGCAAAUAUCCCGUUCGGCUCUGAUCGACGCAUUUUCCUACCAAGAUAUCCUCCUUACUCUCCUAACAAUAGCGUCGAAUAUGGGCGAGGACUUCAACCAAGAGGGUAUCAUUGUGAUGGAGAUUAUUUUCCAUCUGGUUAAGCGAGUCGAUGUGACUAAGCCGUUCAUGGACGAUAAACAGCUUGGAAAAGCACAAUCAAACGAAUUGACAGCUAUGAUGAAUAAGGAGGCGGCCAUGCACCGACCAUACAAUCGAAAAGCUCCUUCGAGACAUAACCGAUGGGGAACCAUGAUCUGGGUGGACCGAGGUGAUGGAAAGGUCUCAACGGUCACUGGCCAGGAUGCUCUGCUUGAUGCGGCCACUAGACAAUACAAGAUGGAUAAUAGCAAAACAUACCGACCCCCGCGCAGACCGAGAAAGGAAGAAAUGGAACCGAAGGACCUUGGACCUCCUGUAUCACUCAAUGCCCGAGCGCGCCAACAACUUAAGGCGUUUGUGGAGGAAUUCUUAGAUUCUGGCUUCAAUCCUCUGUUUCUGCACAAUCGGAAGAAACUUGAUGAGCAAAAGGAUUACGUCUUCGAAUACCACCCGCGACAAUUCUUCUAUCUGGUAUCUUGGUUUUUGGAAGCCGAGAGAGUACGGAAGAAGGCGGCGAAAGAUAGCAAGACGAGUAGCGCUGAGGAUAUUGGGUCCUUCAAUCUUGUCGCUGCUGUGCUAAAUCAAGAGAUGUUUAUCACCUUAAAUAGGGCGAUUGGCGAUUCGUUGGAAAGUAAGCGAUGGCCGGAGUUAUGUGCAGCUAUGCGAUGCUUCACCCAAAUUCUUCUGACAGUUCAAGAGAUGUCGGAGUCCGGGAAUGAAGACGACGAGGAGAUUGCGGAAAAUAUUCUCAGUCGUAUUUUCUACGAAGAGGAAACACAUGACCGAAUCACAAAUAUUGCGAAGAACUACAAGGAUCAAGGCUUUGAUUAUCUCGAUGCAUGCACUGAGCUUACACACACUUAUCUCCGUGUCUUAGAGGCUUAUUCGAAACAAAAUGUGGAUAUGCAAGUGCGGUCACGACGACGAGUCCGAAAAAAGAAGAAGGCCGCGAACGCUGCCAGAGAAGAUGAGGAGAACCCCGUUGAAGAUGUGGAUGAUUCCGAUAACGACCAAGCGAAUGCAGAAAAAACGUCUAGGGAACGAAAAUUCGACUUCAAUCGCUUUGUGAACCGCUUUACUCCUCAAGGCGUUGUCGAUACAUUCGUCAAAUUCACGAAAUACUACCAAGAUCUAGAUGAGUCUCAAUUGAAACGGGCGCAUCGGUAUUUUUACCGUAUCGCGUUCAAGCAGAAUAUGAGUGUCAUGUUGUUCCGGGUUGACAUAAUACAAUUAUUCUACAGUAUGAUAAAAGGCCAGGAACCUUUAGACAAGAGUUGCUCAAUGUACAAGGAAUGGGAAGAAUUGGUGAAGCAAAUUCUCAAGAAGUGCAUCCGCAAGAUUGAGGAGCGGCCCCAAUUGAUUAUUGAGAUGCUGUUCUCGAAAAUCAAUGCCACGGCACAUUAUCUCGAGUAUGGAUACGAAAAACAGACCUUAUCAACGGCACAAUCGAGACCAGGAGCUGAAUUGGAAUUCCGACAUGUCGUGGAUAGAGACCAACAGAUCGCGAUCGCAGUCGGUGUACUGCUGGAUAAAAACCUAGAAGAUCAUAUCAAUUGGUUGAAGGGCCAGCUGGUUACUGCAGAGGUUGAAAGGAGAGCCUGGGAAGCAGCGGAAAAGGCACUACCGUCAGUAGAAGGUGGAGGGGGUGAGAAUGAAGGCGAACAGCAGAAUACAGAGAGUGCUCUUCCCGCUAAGGAAGCUCCCCCUGUUUCUUUACAACCGGAUCGCGACACCCGUCGCAUCGCCAUAUUCAAAAAUUCUCAACUCCGUCUCCUUAUGAAACUCGCCGGUUUUGAACGCCUCGUCCCGUCAGUUGAAGAGACGGUUGAAUCAGCCUGGGUUCUCCCAUCGAAUAUUACAGCCGAUCAGAUUCAAGAUACCCUAGACUUAAUUAAGAAAGCAGAGUUCAGCCCGCCAACCUUCGAAGACGGGAAAUUGGCUGAAGAUCAAUUAAGAAGGAAAGCGGCGCCGCGCAAGAAAGCUGUCUUCGACGAUGAUGAUGGGAUCGCUAAUGAUGACGAUGACGAAAUCCUAUUUCCCGCAGGAGGUCCGACGGCGCGGAAAGUUGCUGAUGAAUUCUUAGACGAGCCGAAGAAAACUCGGAGAAGGAGACGUAGACGCGGGUCCGAUGCCGAAGAGCCAAGCGAUGAGCAAUUACAGGAGAAAGCGAAAGCAAAGAAAGAACGCGAAAAAGCGAAGGCGAGGAGGUUUAAGAGUGAGCUUUAUGUGCAUGCGAGUGAUGAUGAGUCGGAUGAGGAUAGUGGGAAGUGGGCUGAGUUUUAUAAGAAUGAGGAGAGGAUUAGGCAGAGGCAGAAUAAAAUGGCGAGGGAGCAGGGCGCGGUGGGGGUUGGUACUGUUUCGGCGGCGGCGGCGACGAAGCCGGAGACUGUGGAGAAAGUUAAGACUGCGGGGAAGGAGAAGAGGAAAAGGAAGAGGAAGGCGAAGGUUUUGGAGGAUGAGAGUGGAAGUGGAGGUGAGGGUGAGAGUGCGGAGGAUAAUGAUGAUGAUCUUAUUCUAGGGAGGGAGUCGGAGGAUGAAGAUGAUAGUGAGGAUGGUGAUGGUGAUACGCCGUUGUCGUCUAGUCCGCGCGCGUCUGUGGCUAGCGCGAAGAGGAGGAGGCUGUCGAAGGAGCCGUCUGUGUUGUCUACUGCUACUCCUACUCCGGCGGAUGGGGAUGGAGAUGUGGAUAUGGAGGAUGUAGAUGAGGAUGAAGAUGCACCUGUAAAGGCCGCCGCUAGAAGGCCGAGGGCUAGAGCGGGCUUUGUGGUUGAUAGUAGUGAUGAUGAGGAAUAAUGAAAUUAGGUAUGGAUGGACUGCAUCGGCCUGGCGUUAUGGUGCGCUACUGGGUUGCUAGGUUGGCAGUCUACUGAAUAGGAUACUUCUUAAUGCCACAUAUUGAUGAAUUCAAAUCAAGCACAUCGUUCAAAA